UCAAUUACACCCAUGUGACCAAUUAACCUGCUAACCUCUAUGUCUGGGGUAUCCAGAACUGGAGGGCACAACCUUAAAAUUGAGGGGCGACCUUUUAGACCAGAGGUAAGGAGGAAUUAUUUUAGCCAGAGACUGGUGAAUUUGUGGAAUGCUCUGCCACUGACUGUGGUGGAGGCCAAGUCCACAAAUUGAUUAAAGUGGAAGUUGAUUGUUUCCAGAUUGAUCGGGACGUCGCAGGAUAUGGCAAGAGGGCAGGGGUUGGGAUUGAGCGGGAUGCUGGAUUGGCUAUGGUGGAAUGGCAGAGCCAACCCAAUGGGCUGAAUGGCCUGCUUUUGCUCCUGUGUCUUAUGGUCAUAUGGUCUUUCGAAUUUGGGAGGAAACUGUAGCAUCAGGAGGAAAUCAUACAGAACGUACAAACAUCAAACAGUGAAAUUGAACCAGGGCACUGGUACUAUAAUAUUUUACACUAACUCCUAUACUAUCAUAGAGCCUAAAAUAUGGACUCUAUUUUUCUAUGUACACAUGCUGCUUGACUGGUUGAGGAGCAUCUUCAACUUCAUAUUUUGAUAUCACAGUUUAUGUAUGUUUGUCACCUGUUAGCUCAUUUCUGAGCAUCCCCAAUGAUGCAUUCCAACGCAGUGAAGUGAAAAACACACAGUCCCUUUUACUUUGUUUUUAAGGCAGUCAUCGUGCCUUCGGUGGAGAUGAGUUCUGUAACUGUCACAAUGGGGUAUAGCGAAGCUUCAGUAACCAUUUGUAUUUAUAAUUCCUCAUGCAGUCAUCAAAGUUAUUAAGCAAAGAGUGAGGUACCUUUGGAAGCAAAUCACUCAAAUUUUUCAACUAUUUUAUAGUUAAAGUAAGACUGAAGCCCAGUUUCAGGCUGAAGUCUAUUGAUAUUCUUGAACCAUUCAAAAUUAUACAUUAUUCUUAUGACAUAAUGUUCUUUUUCAAAAAUGUCCACUUGCAAUUUGCAGAACCUUUCUCUCAUUUAUUGCAGUGGAGACAAUUGUCAACGUGUUUUGUAGGGGUGGUUCUCCAGCAGCUUCUUCUGUUUAGUUCUGGUGAUGCUAAAUAUCAUGACACUUGUUACAAUGGCCAUUAUAUCCAAAGGGGAAUUUAGUAUGAAUUGGUGCAGCAUCUUGUAUUGGAACUAAAUAUUUUUAAUACUUUCUCGCAUCUGGUUGUUACACAGAGAGUACACAAUACUGACUUAAAUAUUUAAUCAUUUAUAUCACUUUACCUUCUGCUGGUAUAAAGGUGACCAUGAUGUAACCUUAUUUAUUAUUGAGGUUCUAAGGAUCAGCACUAACUUUAUCGUCCUUCACACUAUUGCUUUGUGAUGGCAGUACUAUAUAUGUGAAAUACCCAUUGACAUCAUAGAGAAAUAUAUUUACAGAUUUUAAGCUGGCUGCAAGAGAAAUUUUUCAUUUGAAAGUAAAAACAAUGUGAACUUAUUUCUUCAAUGGAAAACCCUGGGCUUAAUGGCAUAAUGAAGACAGAAGGAGAACUCCGGCAGAAAAAAGUCAGGUUUCGUGUAUCUUCAGCAAACAGUGGAAGGGUGCUGAAGGAGGUGUACACUGAUGAAGACCUGGUGGGCUUGCAAGUUUCUGAAUUUGCCAGCAUUUCUGAGACAGAGCAAGGCAGCGGUUACGGUGAAGUGAACGGAUAUAACAAGCAGCAUUUCUCCCUGGAAACUGAUGGCAGUGAAAGUGAAUGUGAUGACAUGCUUCUGUUAGCAAGCACCACAAAAGACAGAGGAAUCUAUAGAAAGAGAAUUAAUAUCUUGAGUAAAAAUGGUACAGUAAGGGGUGUCAAGCACAAAGUCAGUGCUGGACAGGCACUUUUCAGUAACUUGUCAAAUGGUGCUGUUCAGCCACCACUGGCUCUCGAGUUUGGAAGAAUAGUAAUCUACACUACUAGCCUUCGUGUUGUGAGGGCAACGUUUGAUCGAUGCGAGUUAGUAAGGAAAAUUUUCCAAAAUCACAGAAUAAAACUGGAAGAAAAAAACAUUGCUUUGAACAGUGACUAUGGAAAGGAGCUAGAAGAACGUUGCAAGAGAGCAAAUGAAUCUCCUUCUUUACCUGUAGUGUUCAUCGAUGGCUGUUACCUAGGGGGUGCAGAGAAAAUAUUAUCAAUGAAUGAAUCAGGAGAGCUGCAAGAUCUCUUAACAAAGAUUGAGAAAGUCCAGCAUCCACUGGAGUGUUCAGCUUGUGGAGGUUUUGCAUUUGUUCCGUGUUCAGUGUGCCAUGGGAGCAAGAUGUCCGUGUUUCGAAACUGCUUCACUGAUUCCUUUAAAUGCCUUAAAUGUACCUCUUGCAAUGAAAACGGAUUACAGCAUUGCAGGCUCUGUGUGAAGUCAAACUCCCAACAUCACAGAAAAUAACAUUCUAAAGGCACUUGCCAUGGCUCGACAGUUAAUGUGUCCAUAGGAACCUGCCAUGUCUGAUCUGAAUUCCAGCACACUAAUUAACUGCAGUGGAAAUUAAAAUCCCAAUUGCCACUCUGCUUUGGUUGGAAGAGCAAGAUAAAUAAAAAUCAUUAGGAACUAAACUGUGAGUUGCCUAUUCCGAAAAUUAAACUUGAUUUGUAUUUUGGGGCAAAGUGGGGCAUUUUGCCUCCCACCUGCUUCAUCUUCAUUCACAAAACCUUUCAAACGUUAAGUGCAAACAUUGUUGUUCAUUUCUUUUGUUGAGAGGCAUCAACAGGGCAUUGGGAGUGUACGUGUGAUUAAAAAAGCUGAGUAGAGACUACAAAUCACAAGUAAUAUACAACACUGAAAUUUUUAAUGGAACUGUAAAAGGACAAAUAAAGGAAAACAUAAGAAAUCUAUGAGAAGUACUUUUAUUUGGACUGGUUGAGUCUUUUUUUCCAUCCAGUUAACAUAUUUUUUCUCAAAAUAUGUGGAUAAAUUAACUAUAUCUAACUAUGGACUUCCUUACUUCCUUACCGUUAAGCCAUUGGCGUUUCAGGUCAGCAAUGAAGUUUCUCUAUCAUUGUCUGUACAGAAGUAUUCUUCAUUGCUAUUUUUAUAACAAUAGUUUUUUGACCAGUCAGGGUUGUUAACCCUGAGCUGACCUCCUGAAUCUGGAGAACCGGUGGACCACUCUUAGUCUGGCCUCUACCCUUUGACCUGUUUGACAUGGGUUACCCUACCAAGAGCUAAAGCACAAGGCCCUGAUUUCAGCCAACAUAGCACUCCAAGUCUUUAAGGCACACAAAGCUCCAUACCAUACAACAAGGUUGUGGUCCUCUUGGAGGGACCAUGGACUAGUACUCCUUCAAUUUAGUAUGUGAUGUGUGCCACCUCCUCCACACACAGGUACAACUUUUACAGUAUAGUCAAGGUAGAACACUCAGUAUAGACUAAAACAAUAAAUCCUUUCUCAUGCAUUGUGGGUUUUCUUGGCAAAACCAAUCAGUGUUCAUCGCUCAUCUCCUAAUUGCUUUUGACUGAAUAUUUGGCUAAACCGUUUCAAGAUACUGCUAAGUGCAAACAAUAUUGCGGUAAGGCUGGGAUCAUAAGGAAACUGGAUUGGAUAAGGUCAGCAGUUUUCUAAAGGACAUCCAUUAGUCAGGUUUUUUUUAACAGGAUUCUGGUAGUUUGUUUGGCUCCAUUACAUUUUGAUUUCAGGUUUAUUUGAAAAUUUCCAAGCUGAGAUGCCAGUAUUUGAACCUAUGUCUCCAGAUUAUAUGUAUCGGCUUCUGGGUCAAUAACUUAGUUACAUAACUGUUGUGUAUGUAAUAUUUCAGUUGUAUUUGAGUAAUAUUCUAAAUAUAUCAAUUGAUUAAGCAUU